GUAGCCAUUUUGUUGUGUCAUUGGCCAGUAGCAAAUCUGAAGUGUCAAAUUAACCUUGAAGAGAACAUCCUGCUUCGUCUCCAUGGUGAUUUGUUGAGUCCUUGAUCUCCUGUCACAUCGUAUGGCGAGGUCCUCAACAGCUCGUUGCGCUGGGACAACAAGUAGAAUAGCUUGUUUCCUCAACAGCUCUGUCUAUCUAUCUAUGUUUAUUUUCUGCUAUUAUGGACUCUUGUAUCACAACUUUUGAUACAUGUGUGUGUGUGUAUUUGUCCUUAGUGUAGCCUACCCAAAAGGUAAAAUGUAAUAACAUUGACACAUGCUAAUCUUCAAGGAUAUAAGAGACCUGUUGGUAGGAGACCAAUUCCAGGUCACUAACAGAGCCCCCUGUCUCCUGCGUGUGGUCCCUACGGGCUGUAGGAUGUUCUCGUCUGUGAAAGCCUUCGAGGGGCAGCAGUACUCCACCCUGAAGAGGCAGUGCCUUGCCAGCGGCCUGCUGUUCGAGGACCUGCGCUUCCCCGCAGUGGAUGACACCCUCUUUUACCAGGGCAACAGGAUCGGACGUGUGCACUGGAAGAGACCCCGGGAGCUCUGUGAGGACCCUCACCUGUUUGUGGAUGGGAUCAGUGCGCACGACCUGCACCAGGGCCAGCUGGGAAACUGCUGGUUUGUGGCGGCGUGCUCCAGCCUGGCCUCCAGAGAGUCCCUGUGGUCCAAAGUCAUCCCAGACUGGAAGGAGCAGGAGUGGGACACAGAGACGCCUGAGUCAUAUGCCGGAAUCUUCCACUUCCGCUUCUGGCGCUUUGGCGAGUGGGUGGACGUGGUGAUUGACGACCGGCUGCCCACGGUGGACAACCAGCUGGUCUACUGCCACUCAGAUGACAGUAACGAGUUCUGGAGCGCACUGGUGGAGAAGGCCUAUGCGAAAGUAUACGGCUGCUACGAGGCCCUGGACGGUGGGAAUACGGCGGAUGCACUGGUUGACUUCACAGGGGGUGUGUCGGAGCCUAUGGACCUGCUGGAGGGCCAGAUGGCCACGGACGAGGUGGCCCGCAACCAGCUGUUUGAGAGGGUACUGAAGGUCCACAACCGGGAUGGCCUCAUCAGCUGUUCCAUCCGGGCAACCACUGUGGAGGACAUGGAGGCGCGGCUGGACUGCGGCCUGGUUAAAGGUCACGCAUACGCGGUGACGGAUGUGAAGAAGGUGCGUCUGGGCCAGGGCCUGCUGGCCUUCUUCAAGUCAGAGAAGCUCAACAUGAUCCGCAUGAGGAACCCAUGGGGAGAGAAGGAGUGGAGCGGGCCCUGGAGUGACAGCUCAGAUGAGUGGAAGAAGGUGAGCAAGAGUGAGAGAGAGAAGCUGGGUGUCACCGUGCAGGACGACGGAGAGUUUUGGAUGACGUUUGAUGACUUCUGCCAGUACUUCACAGACCUGAUCCUGUGCCGCCUCAUCAACACCUCCUACCUGAGCAUCCACAAGACCUGGGAGGAGGAGGUGAUGAGGGGCUCAUGGGUCCCCCGCCAAGAUCCCCUGAGGAACCGCUCUGGGGGCUGCAUCAACCACAAGGCUACCUUCCUGCAGAACCCACAGUUUGUGUUUGAUGUGAAGAAGGUAGAGGACGAGGUGUUGAUCGCCCUGCAGCAGAAGGAGAGGAGAGCCACCACCAAAGAGGGCAAAGGAGAUAACCUGGCCAUAGGCUUUGACAUUCACCGGGUGGAACUGAACAGAAAGUACCGCAUGCACAUGUCCCAGCAGAAAGUGGCGGGCUCCAUCUACAUCAACUCGCGCUGCGUCUUCCUCAGGAAGGAGCUCAAAGAGGGUCGCUACGUCAUCAUCCCCACGACUUUUGACCCCAGGCAGCAGGGUGACUUCCUGUUGCGGGUCUUCACCGACGUGCCUUCAGACUGCAAAGAGUUGAACCUAGACGAGCCCCCCCAGACGUGUUGGACGGGCAUGUGUGGUUACCCCCAGCUGGUCACCCAGGUCCACGUUCUGAGUGCAGAGGGACUCCAGGGCCAGGACUCUAAUGGGGCCUCUGACCCGUACGUCAUCAUCACCUGUGAGGGGGAGCGGGUGCGCUCACCGGUGCACAAGGACACACGGAGCCCCAACUUCGACGUCAAAGGCCUGUUCUACCGCAAGAAGCCAAAGGAAGGCAUCCACAUUGAGAUCUACAAUAAGAAUGUGAUUGUGGAUACCUUCCUGGGUCAGGUGACCCUGUCCAGUGACCCGAACGACCGGCAGGUGCAGCACACGCUCCACCUGCGCGACAAGGGCAAUCGACAAGACAACGACCUCCCAGGCACAGUCACCGUGCGCCUCAUCACCUGCACCACACUCAUCAACAUAUGACGUCCCUUCCGUCUCCGCUCUCGCCAUGGAAUGUCGGAGCUUUACCUUUGACCUUUGUCAUCAUGGCAACCUUUUGCCUCCCCCUCCCCUCCCCACCACUAAACCAAGCAUGGCAAUUAACCUGUUAACCCUGGGAUCUAGCUCCACCUGACCCAGGGCUCCCCUAAACAUAUACAGACACAGCUUGGUGUCUUUUUUCUCUUUCUCUUUCUCUCUCUCUCUCUCGCUCUCUUUCUCUC